CAAAACUAGCUGUGCAUGGUGACUGUCCCUGUCACUGAAGGCCUUGGCAACACAACACCCUUCGGGUUUUCUGAUGUAGUUCAAGUAAUCAACCAGCAGAUGGCGCUGCUCCUUUUUGUGGAGAAGGAACGUGAUAAGGAAGUUAGUGAUGAUGAGGCAGAAGAGAAGGAAGACAAAGAGGAAGAGAAGGAGAAAGAAGAAAAGGAGUCUGAUGACAAGCCUGAGAUAGAAGACGUUGGCUCAGAUGAGGAGGAGGAAGAGAAGAAGGACGGGGACAAGAAGAAGAAGAAGAAGAUCAAGGAGAAGUACAUCGAUCAAGAAGAGCUGAACAAGACAAAGCCUAUCUGGACCAGAAACCCUGAUGACAUCACUAACGAGGAGUACGGAGAGUUCUACAAGAGCCUGACCAACGAUUGGGAGGAUCACUUGGCGGUCAAGCAUUUUUCAGUUGAAGGACAGUUGGAAUUCAGAGCCCUUCUUUUUGUCCCAAGACGAGCUCCUUUUGAUCUGUUUGAAAACAGAAAGAAGAAGAACAACAUUAAGUUGUAUGUUCGCAGAGUUUUCAUCAUGGAUAACUGUGAGGAGCUAAUCCCUGAAUACCUGAAUUUCAUUAGAGGUGUGGUGGACUCUGAGGAUCUUCCUCUGAACAUUUCCCGUGAGAUGUUGCAACAAAGCAAAAUUUUGAAAGUUAUCAGGAAGAACUUGGUCAAAAAGUGCUUGGAACUCUUCACUGAACUGGCAGAAGAUAAAGAGAACUACAAGAAGUUUUAUGAGCAGUUCUCUAAAAAUAUUAAGCUUGGAAUACAUGAAGAUUCUCAAAAUCGGAAGAAGCUUUCAGAGCUGUUGAGAUACUAUACUUCUGCUUCUGGUGAUGAGAUGGUUUCUCUCAAGGACUAUUGCACAAGAAUGAAGGAAAACCAGAAACACAUCUAUUACAUCACUGGUGAGACGAAGGACCAGGUAGCCAACUCUGCCUUUGUGGAGCGUCUCCGGAAGCACGGCUUGGAAGUGAUCUACAUGAUCGAGCCUAUUGAUGAGUACUGUGUGCAGCAGCUGAAGGAGUUUGAGGGGAAGACCUUAGUGUCAGUCACCAAAGAGGGCCUGGAACUUCCAGAAGAUGAGGAAGAGAAAAAGAAACAAGAAGAAAAAAAGACAAAAUUUGAAAACCUUUGCAAAAUCAUGAAGGACAUUUUGGAGAAGAAAGUUGAAAAGGUGGUUGUGUCUAACCGGUUGGUGACAUCCCCAUGCUGCAUUGUGACAAGCACAUAUGGCUGGACAGCAAACAUGGAACGGAUCAUGAAGGCUCAAGCCCUGAGAGACAACUCAACGAUGGGUUACAUGGCAGCCAAGAAGCACCUGGAGAUCAACCCUGACCAUUCCAUCAUCGAGACCUUGAGGCAAAAGGCAGAGGCUGAUAAGAAUGACAAGUCUGUGAAGGAUCUGGUCAUCCUGCUGUACGAAUUCAUAGGUUCUUAA